AUGCUCGAUCGCCAUGCGUGCUUGGACCUCGUAGAUCCUCCCAAUUCUUCCUUGCAUGGUCUCCACCCGCGCAUCGAUCCAUCCAAUCGAUCUCGCCCUGACGCCUUCGCGGGCAACAAGCUCAUCCAGAUGCACGGCAAGCGCGGCAGCGUCGAGGAGGCGCGCCGCGUCUUCGAUUCGAUCCAAUCCAAGGAUGAUUACUCCUGGGCGAUGAUGAUUCACGCCUACGCGCGCAACGCCCGCAUGGAUCACGCGCAGCAGCUCUUCGACGCGAUGCCGCGGCGCAACCUCGUGUCCUGGACCGCGAUGCUCAGCGGCUAUGCCCGGAUCGGUCAUCUCGAGCGCGCCAAGGGAUUCUUCGAUUCCAUGCCGGAGCACGGCCUCCACUCCUGGACGGCGAUGCUCACAGCCUACGCGAUCCACAGCCAGCUCCUCGCGGCCGCCAAGAUCUUCGCGGCCAUGGAGGAGCGCGAUCGGGUCUCGUGCACGGCAAUGCUCUCGGCGUACGCCAAGAACGGACGCCUCCGCGAGGCGAAGAAGAUCUUCGACGCGAUGCCCGAGUGGGAUCUGGUGACGCGCGACGCGAUGCUCGCGGCAUUUGCCGACGCUGGGCAACUGGAUCGCGCAGAAAUUCUGUUCGAAUCCAUGGAGGAGGCCGAUCUUGUGGCCUGGACGUCGAUUCUCACUGCGGCAGGAGCCACGGGGCGCGUCGCUAGCGUCAAGAAGAUCUUCGAUCAAAUGCCCGAGAGCGAUCUUAUCUCUUGGACCGUGAUGCUCGAUGCAUUUGCCCAGAACGGGCAUUUGGAGGAGGCCAAGCUCUUCUUUGAUAGAAUGCCCGAGCACACGAUCUUCGCGUGGACGACAAUGCUCAACGCGCUCGCCCAGCAUAGAUACCUCGACGAGGCAAAGCUUCUCUUCGAUCGAAUGCCACACAGAGAUCGCUUCGCCACGACCUCGAUGCUCGUCGCGUAUGCCCACAACGGGCAUCUGUGCGAGGCGCGCGAGAUAUUCGAUUCCAUCCACGGCAAAUCGCUCGUCCCGGAGACGGCGAUGGUGUCCGCCUACGCGCGCGCCGGCAAGCUCCGCCUCGCCGAGCGCCUCUUCGAUCAGAUGCAAGAGCGCAGCAUCGUCUCCUGGAACGCGAUGCUCGCGGGCUACUCCCACAAUGGCCGCUCCAUCGCCCUCUUCGCGGCGAUGAAUCUCACGGAGUUCCCAGACGAGAUGUCGCUGUGCUGCGCGCUGCUGGGUUGCGCCCACCUCGGAGAUCUCCAUCGCGGUUGGGAGUUCUUCGUGGCUAUGGCAAUGGAUUUUGUUCUAGCGCCGCGCAAGGAGCACUACUGCUGUAUGGUGAGCCUCCUGGGGCGCGCCGGGCAUCUCGCCCACGCCGAGGAGCUCCUCCACUCCAUGCCCUUUGUGCCCGAGGCGCUGGAUUGGACGUGUUUUCUCAGCGCUUGCCACGCCCACCGCGACGCCGAGCUCGGGGCUAAAGCCGCCAAGCUCGUGAUUGACAUGGAUCCACACCAUGGCGCUGCCUACGUGCUCCUUACCAACACGCAUCGAUCGAGGGCGCUUAGAGGGCGAUUGGAUUCUUGUUCGAUCGAUCAGGUGGAUUGA